AUGAAUUGCUGUAAAAACAAAGUGGAGGUGUUGAUGACGCCCCUGGUGUACACAGAAACAGAUACGACCAGAAUGAUCGAGAAGUACAACAAGUUCUGGUUCCUGUGUUGCUGCCCAGACUUCUGGGUCAACAAAGUGGACUUCUCCGAUACCUUCACCAAGAUAUAUCGACCAGCCAUGAUGGCAAUACAUGUGGUCAUGGUCAUAUUCUGUUUUUCUUGUACCCUAUCUUUGUGGACACAGAAGAAUCUAUCUGAGAGCCAGCAAUCCGAUAGACUGGCCUACGGGGCAUCUGCUCCCAUCAUCACCAUUUUCUAUCAUUUCGUGAUCCUGUGUUACAAGGAUGACGUCAGAAAAGUCCUGUAUAAACUGGUGGUAGUUCUGAAGGUGGACCACAAUGAUAAGCAAGCUGAAAGGGAGAUGAUGGAGCAGUCUCGGUUGCACAACGGAUUAUUUUUCUCGUCGUGUGUUUGCAAUAUGGUUUUUGUUGGGCUGUAUAAUUGUUAUCUGGCUGUCACUACGGACGCAACCUUCAUCACCUGCAUCUCAGCAUGGCCGGACAUCGAGGAGCGGUCACUCCCCGCAGGACUGACCAGGGUCGUGGUCUACUUCGUGUGGUUCGCCCACGUGGUCCGCAACAUGGGCGUUUUCCUCAUCAUCCACACUGUUCUGCUGUGCCUCACGCAGCAGUACAAGAACCUGCAGAGUUACUUCGAAGAUUUGAAUAAGAUUUUUGAAGAGACGAAGUUGAGUCAGGAGGAGAAGGAAUUGAAGUAUGAGGUCAAGUUUAAGAGGGGGAUUGAACAGCAUGCUCUUACGUUGUGGUGUGUGGAUGAGACACAGCGCGUUUUCAAAAUAACGUUUAGUUCUCACGUGCUGCUCUGGUGUGGACUCCUUAUCUCUAUUCUCCCAGAUGUGAUGAACAAUGAUGAUCAUACCCUGAAGAUGUUGGUGUCGAACGCGCCGCGUGUGGCUGCUGCGCUGGUCGGCCUCGGCUACUUCAUGUGGCCCGCCGGAGACAUGUCUGUUGAGGCUUCUAAUCUGCCGCAAGCUAUGUAUGGCUCUGGCUGGCAAUGCUGUUACCACCGCUCGUCUCGUGUCAGGAAACUGGUCGUAUUGGCCAUGAUGCAAGCACAGAGGCAAAUAGAAAUGAAAGCAUUCGGUCAUCUUACAUUCUCCUACGAAACCUACGUGGCGAUUGUCAAGAUGUCAUAUUCCCUUUUUUCAGUAUUUUAUUGA